CUCUAAGCCACCAGGGGAAACUCAUGGAUCUGAAAGCAGCUCUGAGAUAUGCAGUAAGUUUCAGUGUCCUAGGAAAGGCAAACUUUGGCAUUUGGGAGCUCGUAUUCCACUAGUGAAUGGUUGCAGGCGCUGAGGUGUUAAACUCCAUAGUCUACAGAAAUCAGAAAGGAUUUUCAGGGGAACACCAUCAGGAUAAUGACUUCCCUUCUUACAAUGGCUCUUCUCAGUCCACUCAACAGCUCUAUCAACUCUACUUGCAGGAAGGAGAACACAACUGGACCAGGACUGCCCCACCGCCAUGCCUACUAUGCCCUCUCCUACUGUGCUCUCAUUCUGGCCAUUGUCUUUGGCAAUGUCCUGGUCUGUCUGGCUGUGUUGAAAGAACGAUCCCUGCAGACCACCACCAACUACCUGGUGGUGAGCCUGGCUGUGGCUGACCUGCUUGUGGCCACCUUAGUGAUGCCCUGGGUGGUGUACCUGGAGGUGACUGGAGGAGUAUGGAAUUUCAGCCGAAUUUGCUGUGACAUUUUUGUCACCUUGGAUGUCAUGAUGUGUACUGCCAGCAUUUUAAACCUCUGUGCCAUAAGCAUCGACAGGUACACAGCUGUGGUCAUGCCAGUCCGUUACCAGUACAGCUCUGGCCAGAGCUCCUGCCGGCGGGUCUCUUUCAUGAUCACCGUGGUGUGGGUGCUGGCAUUCGCCGUCUCUUGUCCUCUUCUCUUUGGCCUCAACACAACAGGGGAUCCCAGUGUCUGUUCCAUCUCCAACCCAGACUUUGUCCUCUACUCCUCAGUGGUUUCCUUCUACCUGCCCUUUGUGGUGACUCUCCUUGUCUAUGCUCGGAUCUAUGUGGUGCUGAGACGAAGGAGGAAGAAAAGGAUUCUCACUCGGCAGAACAGUCAAUGCAUCAGUAUCAAACCUGGCUACCCCCCACAAUCUAUCUUUCUACGGCGGCAUGCAAUUCGGCAUUUCUCAAUGAGGUCCAGAUUUUCUUCAUCAGAAACUGCGGGGAAAACAGAGCCGACUGAAGAAAAAGAAUACCCUCCUGGUUGUCAAGAUUCCCUUUUAUCCCAUCUUCAGGCCACCUCUCCAGGAAGGGCCCACUCAUCUGAGAAACUGCUGGCAGCAUUGGAAUUGAAACGCUACUAUAGCUUCUGCCAGGAUUCUCCUUUGCCCAAGCCAGGACACCCAGAAGAGGAAGGAGAGUUGAAAGGGGAUGGGAGGACUCUGGGAGGGCUCAGCCCCACCAUGGCUCCCAAACUGGGUCUAGAGGUUCGGAAACUCAGCAACGGCAGAAUGAUGACUUCACUGAGGCUUUCCCAGCAGGCCCGCAGUGUUCCACUUCGAGAAAAGAAAGCAACCCAGAUGCUGGCUAUCGUUUUAGGGGCUUUCAUCAUCUGCUGGCUGCCUUUCUUCUUGACCCACAUCCUCAAUACUCACUGCCAGGCCUGCCAUGUGCCCCCAGAGCUCUACAGUGCCACCACGUGGCUGGGUUAUGUGAACAGCGCCCUCAACCCUGUGAUCUACACCACCUUCAACGUAGAGUUCCGCAGGGCUUUCCUUAAAAUCCUGUCCUGCUAAAGGCGGAAGAGAAGAGUGGCCACCUUCACUGACUUCCCCUGGCCUCUCCAGGAGAUGGGGGAGGGAGAAGCCUUUAGCUACAUUCUAGGCUUCCAUCAGCCAGGUUAUUUGACAUCCUUGUAUCAUAAUUGGUCUUCCCAACUUCAGUAGUUCACAUCUUCAAUCCAUCCUUCACAGAAAAGCCCAAGUAAUCUUAACUUGAUACUGAUUACAUGACUCCCAUAUUCAAAUCUUCAGAUCUCCCCAUUGCUUAUGGAAUAAAACAAUUUGGCUCCAGACUGCCUUUCCAGUCUUAUCUGACAUUAUUCUGCUUCACAUGUUGUAAGUGUUAGUCAAAUGGGACUACUUGUCAUCCCUUCUUCUUAUCUUGCUCUAGUCUAGCCCCAUUUCCUUGCCCAUACCUUCCCUGUAUUUCUGGGAUGGACUACUCUCUUUCCCAUCUCUGCCUGUUAAAAUAUUUCUCUUCCUUGGAGACACAACUCAAAUGGUAUUUCCUACAUGAACUUUUGUCAGAUCUCCCUUUCCUCAAAUUUUCUCAAAGCACUUUGGUCUAGUUCUCUUCAU